AUACUAGUCACUGCGUAAUGAGGGGAAUCGCGUAAUUUCCGGCAUAAACAGGGAUUUUCCAAUUUGGUUUAAAAUACAUCGCUUUGAUAAACAAGGAAGGAUUACUUAAGAAAACAGAUCUACUGCAAGCAUGUGGCGGAUCAAAGAUCUACAACUAUGUACUGUUUUGAUUAUCUUGUGGCUUGGGAUUGCUUUCUGUGAUUCAGAUGACUUUGAUUCCAAUCAUUCCGAUUUUGAAAGCAGUUACAAUGUGGUAAGGAAUGCCACCAUGUCUAUUGCGGCCAUCAUUGGAAUCGUGGUCGGGCUGAUCAUCCUCGUCAUAGUUGUCUCUAUAGUCGUCGUCUGCUGUUGUUGUAUGCGAAGGCAAAGGUCAGCUGGUCAGGUGUACAGACAACCAGCCAAUCAGAUGAUUAUCACCACAGGAACACAACAGUCCUAUCCAAACCAGUAUCCUCCUCAGCAACCUUAUACACAGUACCCCACAGCUCAAAACCAGUACCCUUACCAAGGGUAUGUUCAGCACCCACCCCCUGUACAAGGAGGGUAUUCCCCAGUACAGCAAGCACCACCAAUGACCGGGUCAGGGUACCCCCCUCAGGAGAACAAGGCAGCACCCUCAGCCCCUCCCCCAGAUGAUGGUUACCCACCCUAUCCCACAAACCCCCAACAACCCCCACCCUACCCAGGGAACUGAAAGCAAGGCCAGAGGAAAUAUAUCUUUUCUGGAUAGAAAUCUAUAGAUAAAUUGUGAUAUGACUAAAGUUGAAUCCCAAUUUUGUUAUUACACAUGUAUAAGUAUGUUGUCACUUUUAUUUGGUUUUUAGCUCACCUGAGCCAAAGGCUCAAGUGAGCUUUUCUGAUCACAAUUUGUCCGUUGUCUGUCGUUGUCGUUGUCGUCGUCGUCGUUAACUUUUCACAUUUUCAUCUUCUUCUCAAGAACCACUGGGCAGGUUUCAACCAAAUUUGGCACAAAGCACCACUAGGUGAAGGGGAUUCAAGUUUGAUCAAAUGAAGUGCCAUGCCCUCUUUAAAGGGGAGAUAAUUGAGAAUUAUUGAAAAUUUGUUGGUAUUUUUCAAAAAUCUUCUCAAAAAUUAUUUGGCCUGAAAAGCUUAAACUUGUGUGGAGGCAUCAUCAGGUAGUGUAGAUUCAAGUUUGUUCAAAUCAUGGUCCCCGGGGGUAGGGAGGGGCCACAAGAGGGGGAUCAAGUUUUUCAUAGGAAUAUAUAGAGAAGAGCUUUAAAAAUCUUCUUCUCAAAAACUAUCAGGCCAGAAAAUCUCAAAUCAAAAUGGAAGCAUCCUCAGGUAGUGUAGAUUCAAGUUUGUUCAAAUCAUGGUCCCCGGGGUUAGGGUGGGGCCACAAUUGUGGGAUCAAGUUUUAAAUAGGAAUAUAUAGAGAAAAUCUUAAAAAAUCUUCUUCUCAAAAAUUAUUAGGCCAGAAAAGCUCAACUUUGAGUGGAUGUAUCCUCAGGAAGUGGAGAAUCAAGUUUGUUCAAAUCAUGAUCCCCGGGGUAGGAUGGGGCCACAAUUGGAGGAUCAAGUUUUACAUAGGAAUAUAUACAGAAAAUCUUUAAAAAUCUUCUUCUCAAAAACUAUAAGGCCAGGAAAGCUCAACUUUGAGUGGAAGCAUCCUCAGAUAGUGUAGAUGCAAGUUUGUUCAAAUCAUGGUCCCCGGCAGUAGGGUGGGGCCACAAUAGGGGGAUCAUGUUUUACAUAGGAAUAUAUAGAGAAAAUCUUUGAAAAUCUUCUUCUCAAAAACUAUAAGGCCUGAAAAGCUCAAAUUAAAAUGGAAGCAUCCUCAGGUAGUGUAGAUUCAAGUUUUUUCAAAUCAUGAUCCCCGGGGGUAGGAUGGGGCCACAAUUGGGGGAUCAAGUUUUACAUAGGAAUAUAUACAGAAAAUCUUUAAAAAAAAAUCUUUUAAAAACUUUUUGGCCAAGAAAGCUCAAAUUGGCGUGUAACCAUCCUCAGAUAAUGUAGAUUAAAGUUUGUUCAAAUCAUGGUCCCUGGGGUAGGGCGGGGCCACAAUGGGGGAUAAAUUUUUAUAUAUGUAUAGAGAAAAAGUCUUCUUCUCAAAACUAUUAGGCCAGGAAAGCCCAAAUUUGAGUGGAGGAUCCCCAGAUCAUAAAGAUUCAAGUUUGUUUAUUAAUAGUCCAGGGGUAGGGUGAGGCCACAAUGGGGGAUGAAUUUUUACUUAGGAAUAUAUAGAGAAAAUCUUUAAAAAUCUUCUUUUUAAAGACUAUUUGGCCAGAAAAGCUUAAGCUUAUGUAUAGAGGCAUCCACAGGUAGUGUAAAUUCAAGUUUGCAAAAUCACAGUCCCUAGUGGUAGGGCGGGACCGUGAUGGCGAUUUGAAUUUUUACAUAGGAAUAUAUAGAGAAAAUCUUUAAAAAUAUUCUGGUAAAGUUUUCGGUCCAAAACUCAGUACUUAGUGUGAAAGCACAGGUUAUGCAGAUUUAAGUUUGAUGAAACCAUGAUUCCCUAGAGAAAAGUGGGGCCACGAAAUGGGGAGGGGGGGGGUAUAUAGGAAUAGAGAAAAAUCUUCUUACAGGUACAACAACAAAAGGGGCUUGGUAUUUACCAAAAAGCAAGAUCUACUGUAUUCAGUUGUCAAGAUAUCUUGAUACUGCAAUGCUAAUUUGAUCAGAAUUAAGGCAAUUGUUGCUCAAGUGAGCGAUUUGGCCCCUGGGCCUCUUGUUUUUUCAUGUACUAUGAUGUUUGGGAUAAAAUACUCUUUAUUGUUAAUAAAUUCUUUUUAGUACAAUACAGACUCAAUUAAGGUAUUAAAUGUAGUUUUUGCUUUUUUAUGUAAUGUGAAUUUAUUUAUUUUGCCAGAGUAGAGGCUCAAUUAUAAGAAUUUUUUUAUUAUAGGGUUGCUUUUUUAUAUGAUUUUAUAUUUUACUUUUAAUAUGUCACCAAAAUUUACAAGUUUAUGUUAAUACUAAAGCAUCCGCAUCAAUAUUUGUGUUACUUGACAUGUAUUUUGCCUAGAUAUGUACAGCUACUUGAUUUAUUCUCUGAACUCUUUUAUGCUUUUUUUCCCCAAGAACUUUUUUUAUUUAUUUUUUUUAUUGAACAUGUUCUUUUUUUUUUUUUUUUUUUUUUUUUUUGCAAAUGAUCAAAAUAUUGUAUAUUAUUUUGCCUAUACUCUUUCAAACCUACAUUAUUGUUUUGUUCCAUCACAUUAUUUUUCAGGUGAAAAUUCUCACUGCUCUUCAUUCAAAUCAUGUUAAACUUUGUUGAAGACAAUUUGUUGCCAUAUUACAUGAGCAUAUUUUGUAGAAAGCAUGCAUUAGAUGUAUAUUCUUAUUUUACUUUUAUGAGUGAGUGAUUAUAUAUUAUCUUGAAUUAUACAUGUGUCUUGGAACAUUCUCGAUAUAAAAAUUUUUAUAUAAAAAAAAACGUGUCUUGCUGAAGAGGUGCACGAAACUGUAUAGAUUGAACUACUAGUCAACUAGAUAAGAUGAAGUUUUAAUGAAGUCAUCUUUGAUCUUGGAAUAUGUAAUUUUGUUUUUGUUAAUUUUACACAAACUGUGUUUAAUUAUUGAUUACUUGAUGUGAAUGCUUCAAAAAUUUUAAUUUUAAUGUUUUAUUAUACCUAUUUUUAUUGCAACAAAUUUACUUGAUUAUCAAUGUGAUACUCAGUUAUUUCAUUAAAUUUUUGUAAUCUGGAUGAGUCAAAAGAAUGAAUAUAAUUAUGUUCCAAACAUUAAUUAUGAAAAGCCAUAAGUCAUUCAGUUGAAUUGUUUUUCUGUAUAAACUACAGAGUACUGUACACAUAAUGUACGAUAUUUGUCUGUGUAAUCUAUAAAUUGUUUCUGACAGACUAUGCAGCUUUCAUUUUUGAUCCAACACAAGUAAUUUUUCGUAACUUUGCAGUUAUGUGAUAUACCUUUUGUUAAAGCAUUAUAUCCAUCAUAAUGAUAAUGUUUAUAAUAAUUUUAUUAAGGGCCACAAUGGAAAUGUGGAUUAUUUGAAAAUUUGUCAUAUCUUUGAAUCAAGUUACAGCUGCAUGUAAUUUGUUUGUUUUAAAAUGUAGUAUACAAUGAUAUAUUUUGAUAUACAUGUAUGAGUAUAUUUUUUCAUUUUUGCACAAAGGAGAUGAAAGCUUUUUAGCAUUAAUUUUUGGAUCACUUUUCGUUUGGUGUUGGUCUGUUUACUUUUUAAAUUUUGACUUAUCAUCUGACUGACUGUCUGUGAGAUUUUUUAUUGAAUUUUCAACUACUUGUCCAGGGCAAGAUUCAACGAAACAUGUCACAAAGCAUCCAUAGGGCAAAUAUCUAAACUUUUUACAUAUUUUUUAUCAACUUCUUCUCUAGAGCCAAUUUUUAAACAAUUUUUUCACAUUGAAAGUAUUUCUGGGCAUGGGAAAAGCUUGUGAAUUUUUUAAUAAAGAGCCAGAGAUCCACAUCAAAGAAUUACAUUUUUAUAUUAUGACCUCGGGGACACAAAGAAAAUACUUUAAUAGUAUGAAACUAAGCCUAUGUUUAUGAUUUUUAUGCAUGCAUGCUAUACCGUACAUGUUUAUUAAUAGUAUGUCGAAAACAAUUCCUAUAUUAAUAUGUUUUUUUUUCCUUAAGUCAAAUUGUCAAUAAUUGAAUAGAAAGCAGACUGAUUUGCAGAUGAAUAAAAAAAAAUUUGCUUGAAUUUUUUUUUUAUAAAUAAUAUUAAAUAUUAAACAGAAAGAACUAUAUAUGAUAAGAGUUAAAUUUGGCCCCCAUAAUUCGCCAUUUUUUAAGUGUUUCGGGUACAAUAAAAUGUUAACUAAUUUUUUAGAAGAGUUGAUAUAAAAUAUAUUUUUCAUCUAUUUAUUUGAUUUAUUUGCACUCACUGGCAGUAUAUGACGUCAGAAGUGACGCCAUUUCUAUAAUUCAAUCAAAAUCAGCCAAAAAUUGACAUAUCUUUUUACGAAUGGGAAAUAUAGAGCGCAUGCUUGAACAAGGAACAUUUUUUUGUCACUUAUUAGUCAUGUCUAGAUACAUCUCUGAUUAAAAUAUUUUAUUUGUUCAAGAAUGCGCUUUAUCUUUUCAGAAGGAAACACUGCUUGAAAACAAGCUGUUUUACGCUAAAAAUGCAAAAAUGGCGGGAAAAGGUUGUCUAUACAAUGUCAUAUUUCUAAAUUGUGGGCACUUGAACAAAAAUGAAUAUCAUGUAAACACAUCACAUGCAUAUCUGUACUAAGAAAACAAAGAAUGAUAGUAAAAUGAUGAUGUUUAUUUUAGGGGGCCAUUUUAGGCUCUUAUCAUAUAUAGUCCUUUAGAGAAGUUAUUCUAUUAUAUUGUAUCAAAUAUAGUUAGAAGCUAUUUGCAAUAUUCAUUUUUUCGGGUAAAAAGACAUUGUUGCACAGGUGAUCCAAGUGGCCAAUGUAUGUGUUUCUUGUUUUACAAAAGUUGUAUCAAUAGCACAUGUGAAAUGGAUGCAGAGUCAUCAGAUUUUGUAUUUCGUUUUUCUAUUACCGAUGAUAAAUGCAACAAUUCAUUUGCAGUAUAUGUAUAAUAAAAUAUUUAAUGCAUGUUUAAAUCUACAUUAUUAUUCUUUAUUUGUUCACUUUUAACAUGUUUAGCGAUUCUUCUUCUUUUGAUAAACCAAGGGUUAUUUAUUGGU